AUAACAGCUGAGCGCAAGGCCCCAGUCUGACAUAGGCAAGGACAGACGGACAUAAGAGCUGAAAUGUCCCUGCAGGGAGAAACUCCUGACACCUUCAAACUGGACGCUUCGUCGUUCUGAAACAGAUUAAGGAGCAUGUGAGGUGUCAAAAUGGAUGAUUUAGAUCACUGCAUGCACAUUGCAGAGUAUGACUGGACGAGCUUCUACGAGGAGAGCGAGGAGUGCGGUCUGCUGCGGCCUUCGCUCGCCUGCCCCGACAGCCCAAGCCUCAGUGAUUCGGAGGAUUCAGGAAACUCAAGUUCAGUCUUCGGCGCGGGCCAACGGGAGCCCGACAGUGAUGAAGCUGAAAGCAGCGUCGCAGGGUGCUGCACGGAGGAAGAGAGCUGCACAGGUUGUGUCGAGUAUAUAUCAGGGCAGGUUAUUCAGAGUGGUUUAGGAGGAGGAGGACGAGAUGAUCUUAAAACAAAAGAUGAAAUAAGCCUCGAUCGUCCUGAAGCAGAGCACAUCACGGAGGAGACGAAUGACAACAUCACAACCACACUGCAAACUGAGCCACUGAAUGUCCAGCCUUCAGAUGGAGACUCAACAGGGCUGAAAAAAGAAGAUGGAGAUGUGCAAAUGGAGAGUGACAUUAGUGAUCUCGUAUCCACGCAGGAACCUGACCCACUUCCUCGCAGCCGAACAGAGCUAAAUGUGAAUGAGCCGCACACUGCAGACAGAGCCGAGAGGGAGGAUGCGAGCGGUGUCGCUUCGAGAGCAGAAAAGGAGCGCUGGUUCGUGACAGUGAAUGACGGUCCUGCACGACAGCGAGGGCGCGCCGCUUCUGUGAAAAAAAAGCGAAGGCAAAAAAAACCUCGUAAGGACAGACCUGGGCAGGAGAGGUCACUUGAAAACAGCUUAAAGUUCGAGAUAAGGAAAGGUGAUAGUGAAUGUGAGGGAGGGUCGGACACAGAGUGCGUCACACAAGCAAACCAAAACUUUGUGAAAGAAUCAGGAGGGAGUCCGAGUGCCGAAGAAGAUCCUGAGAGAGUUCAGAUUUCAGAUUCAUUGCAAAUAUGUUUAACGUCUGAUGAAGAAGACAAUUCGUCAGGAAAGCCGGUGAUGUCUCCCAAAGACAACAUUGAGCCAACAAUAGACACAACACCCCACGAUGCAUUUACACCCACAGACCCGUCACGGUCGGACAGCGUGGAGUCUGACGAGCUCGAUGAUGCCGUUGAGUUCCUCUCCACUCACAGUUUUGAUUCUGAAAGCUAUCUGUCCGCUACUGAAUCAGUGGAGGACCUUCAGCAGCUUCUCAUGGAGCACCAGCAACUGCAAAGUUCACUAUCUCUGACAGAAAGCAGCCAUCUAUUCAAUGCCGACGCAGACAAUACGCAGGACAGAGAAGUGCUUUCUCAUGAUAGCACUCUCUCUUGCUCUGUAACAGCUCCCGACCCUGAAGGUCACGAAAGCACCGGUGUUCAGCCCACCCUGACAUUUCCAUCUGCCGGCCAAAGUGCUGACAAAAUGCCAGAUGACGACUCCACAUGUGAUAACGACACACGCAGCACGCCGCCCUCGGAUACGCACGGACUCCCAAAACACGAGGUGAAUCUUUCAUCAGCAUCUGGUCGCUCUUCAGGAGCUCGGCUUCUCCCCGUUCCUGAUUUAACUGUAACGCCGUGCUCUGCGGCUGACAGCCCCGAGACAUACGCCGAGGCCGCGGGCGACACUCGACCCGUGUACGCCAUUUCUGCUUUUUGGGAUGAAAUGGAAAAAUUUACGAUAAAUGACAUUUUGCAGCUCAGGAUGGAUAGAAGCAGCCCUCCCGCGGAAACACAAGAAACGGCGACGCAAAACGUAGACGAUCACAGCUCUUUGGUCGACGCCGUGGAGUGUAAUUCAUCUGAUGGCGGUCUGAUGGACACAUCUGACACCGCCGACUCAGACUAUUUCACACAGCCUGACGAAUCCAAGCCAGAUCGUUCAAGCUGCGAGUUUUCCACCUCCGAUUUUGAAGAAGAGUACUCUCAGUUUCUCGGCGCCAGCAGGAACCCGAGUCCUGACCACCGAAGCAAAAAACAACGACGCACCAGUGACUCACCUUUCUUAGCACGCGAAGAAGAGGAUUCCACGAGCUCUGAAGGAAAGGAGACGCCUGUGCCUUCAGAGGACUUCCCAAGAAAGUAUUUAGAGGAUCAGGACUCAAAUGAUUUAAUUUCGAGCAAACUCGCGUGGCCGAGACAGAUAACAAAGAGCAAAAGUGUACACAACGUACAAGCUCUCAACGCGGAGGAUUUAUCGUCGCUACUCGGCGAUGACGAGAGCAGCAGUCUGUUUCUCAGCAGCUGUCCGUCAGUGGAGGAAAACGUGGUUUUAAAAGCGAGCGACAGCUUGGGAACACUAACACCUGCACCUUUUCUGGAUCAACAUUAUCAAAUAUCCUUUCCUGAAGUGUUUGAAUACUUUUUCAAAGAGGAUAAAACAAAGAACGGCUCCUGGUGUGUCACCGUCUACGAGCCAGAGGACAUUUCAGUGGCUCCUGUGUUCGACUACACUCUUUGUACAUUCAGGGAUGAAAUGUCUUUCUCUCGUCAGGAGAAACUCAUCCCCAUUUUCUCUUGUUCUCAUCCCACUGUCAGAGAACUCACAUUCCCAAACCCGGACUAUAUUUUCUUGAGCGCAGACUGCGAGGAGGAGGACGGCGGCAUCUCUCCGAUCAGAGUCGUGUCUGGCUCCUUCAUCCAGGGCCGUGACUGUGGGGCAGCGGCCCCGUGUGGAUUUGGCGGUUGGAAAAGUUUGAUGAGGAAGAUUCGCUUCCCUGACAAAGGUAGCAUCUGGUGCAGGAGAUCUGGUGCCUGGGUGUUCCCGGUUGAGGCUGAGAAGAUCACCAUCAAGAAUGCGGAUCCACCAGUAACAGUGCUCACUGAGAGGAGAGUCUCUUCAACUCCUUCUCAGUUGUUUAGAGAGCUAGCGGUGCAGCAGAUGACAAGACGAGAGGGCAUCUUCUCCACACUGAAGCAGUCAGAUAUGUGUUUGGUCUGCAUUGCUUUCGCCUCCUGGGUAUUAAAAUCCUCUGAUCCAGAGGCUGCUGAUGCCUGGAAAGCAGCUCUGCUAGCAAAUGUGAGCGCGCUGUCGGCCAUCCAGUACCUGCGGCAUUAUGUGAAGAGGAAGAGUCCCUCUUAAGAUGAUCCCUGAUAUGUUUCACACAAGAGAGAAGAGAAGAGUCAUUUCCAAUCAUUUUCACUUGGGUCCAUCCAUAAUUAAUAUAUAUAUAUAUAUAUAUAUAUAUAUAUAUAUAUAAAUGUAUAUCACUUCUACUGCCUCAGUGUGUGCGUUGGUUUCAAUACAGCAUGAAAAGGUAGAUGUUAGUAAACUGAUGUUUUAAGUUAUUUUCAGCCUGAAGCUAGUCAGACAUUUUUAGUUAAAGGAAGUUAAAGUCUGGUGAUAUGUUUCUUAUUGUCAACAGAUUCCAUAAAAAGAGACAAACCAACAGUGAAUUGAUCUAAUGAUUAAUUUAAUAACAGGUAUUGUCUGUGUAAACACUAUAUACCUAUAGCUAUAGCUUAUUCCUCUGUAACUGAGACCUCCUCUGCUGCUGUAAACACUCACUAGCAAAUCAAGGGCUGAAAAUAGAGAUUUCAAGAUUCAAGAUUCAAGAUUCAUAGAUUUAGUUUACAUAUUCAUAGUUUCAAUAUGUGCAGUGAAAUGUGGGGAG